CUACUAUUUACUACUACUAUUACUAUUACUGCUGUUACCAGUACCACUACUAUUACCAAUUUACUACCGCGGUAACACUCACACGCGUGCGCACGCUAGAACGCUGGCCGAUAUUAUAUAUUAUAGGUAAACAAAUCGGUCGACCCGGGCCAGUCCAGUUGUGUUCGCCGACGUAUCGACAGCGGUCUGCCGCCACAACAGAAUUGGCGCGCUACAAGUGCGAUAUUAAUAAAUCAUAAUCGUAUAUUAUUACCUGCGCGAGUUAUAUAUCACAUGCUCUGUAUUUUAACCGUGCGCGUGUGUGGCGAAUAAUUUUAUUUCGGCGAUAAAGCCGUUUAUACGGUUUUUCUUUUUGUUUUGCGUAUCUUAAUAAUAUUACCGCUGUCGCUGUUCAAAAACGGGACGAUUGCCGCCAACGACCGGACGCGGAAGAGCCGGGGACAACCAACACGUCAUUAUUGUCAUUUAAACACCACCGACUGUUUUUUUUUUGUUUUUCUUUCGUUUUUUUAAAUUGUUAUCCUAUAACGACGGCACAAUAUUUUACCCGUUGACGACGUCCCGCUCCAGUCUCUCCGUUUGACGAUACAACACCUGCAAAGAGGAUAUACGUUGAUGAACAGAAUCCAGCGAUCCGUCAUCGGUUACUCCAACGAAGGAUAUAUUAUCAUAGCAGAGUGAAGUAAUUUGUGUGGACGAUGAUAGUGGAGAGGUGUUAGCAGCUUUGGCUGCCAGAUCAGUUUCCUAACGGAUAACACAAUCCUAUGAUGAAUAAUACGUUUGCCGUACAUACGAAACACCGUUAAAACAGAGACUAUCCUAGAUAUAAUCCAGUCCACGGAUCAGACAUAAAAACACAAGAACACGCCAAUUCGGAUUAAAACAUGGCGUCCGCUACCCGAAUGGUACUUAUGCACCUACCCAAAAACAAUCCGAUCGACAUCACAUUUACGGACAUCCAGUUCACCGUAGACGUCGGGACGUUGCGCAGAGAAAAAAAACAAGUACUCAAAGGCGUUUCUGGUCGCUUCAACAGUGGCGAACUAACUGUAAUUAUGGGACCAUCCGGUGCUGGAAAAUCAACCCUUCUCAAUAUUCUUACCGGAUUUGAACGAAAAGGAAUGAAUGGUGAAGUCCUGACAAGCCACGUUGAUGAUGAUGACUUGCUAUUAAAUAAUGAUUUGAGAAAAAAGAAUGGCGAGGGUCGUACUAUGUGCCGAAAAGAAUCCUGUUACAUAAUGCAAGACGACCAACUGUGCCCACUUUUCACUGUAUUAGAAAUUAUGAUGAUGGCAGCUGACCUGAAACUCGGAUACACACUCUCCUACAAAUCUAAACUUCUUGUAAUCGAGGACAUUCUAGACAGCAUCGGACUCUCCGGCAGCCUUCACACCAGGUGUGGUAGAUUAUCGGGUGGACAGAAGAAACGCUUGUCCAUCGCUCUUGAACUUAUUGACAAUCCACCUAUUAUGUUUCUAGAUGAACCCACCACUGGUUUGGAUAGUACAAGUUCACAUCAAUGCGUGUCGAUCUUGAAAGGUCUGGCCAAAGGCGGUCGGACAGUAGUUUGCACGAUACACCAACCCAGCGCCAGCACGUACGAAAUGUUCGAUCACGUCUACAUUAUGGCCGAGGGGCACUGCGUAUACCAGGGCUCUAGUCAGAACACCAUACCUUAUUUACAAACAAUCGGACUUAACUGUCCACAAUACCACAAUCCGGCCGAUUUCAUUUUGGAAGUAGUGACGGGUGAAUAUGGAAAUUUCACCUCUCAACUCAAAACAGCAGCUAUUGAUAAAUCGUGGAGGACACCACCUCAAAUCACUGAUUCACGUACGUUGUUAAAAAGAAAAUCUAAGAACCCUGGUCCGACUACAUUGGUCUUGGUCAACCAGCCCUCCGAAUUCAAUAAAUUAUUAGUACUAAUACACAGAAGUUUAAUGCAGGUCUACAGAGAUUGGACGGUUACUCAUGUUAAAGUAUGUAUGCACUUCCUGGUCGGGAUAUUACUGGGUCUCUUAUUUGAAAACGCCGGCAUCGACGGUGGUAAGACUAUCAACAAUAUCGGAUUCUGUAUCGUAACACUUGUAUACUUAAGCUACACAUCUAUUAUGCCAGCUAUUUUAAAAUUCCCAUCCGAACUUCACAUUCUGAGAAAAGAGUUAUUUAACAACUGGUAUAAGCUAUCGACCUAUUUCGUAGCGUUUCUCGUCACGAAUAUGCCUUUGCAGAUGAUGUUUUGUUUUAUUUAUACAUCGAUUUCUUACUACUUGUCAGCACAACUGAUGACGUGGACCAGAUUCUUGAUGUUCUUAUUUGUUUGUCAGUUAAUGACCCUAAUAUCUGAAGGUAUUGGCCUUAUUCUCGGGACAGCUAUGAACCCAGUUAACGGAGUCUUCAUUGGUUCAAUCAUCACUUGUCUGUGUAUUCUCUUCGCCGGUUUCUUAGUACUCUUCAACCACAUGCCUAUUACCCUGUACUAUGUGUCCUACAUCAGUUAUAUGAGGUAUGCACUAGAAGGGCUGGUCGUCUCCAUUUACGGUUAUGGUCGUGAACCACUGAUCUGUUUAAAUGAAGAAGGUUACUGCCAUUACCGCUUCCCGGAAACGACAUUCAAAGAGAUCGGUAUGACAGAUGGAAAAUAUUGGACGGACAUAUCAGUGAUGGUUGGAUUUUUGUUUGUAAUUGUGAUAGUUAGUUUUUUGACUUUAAGAAAAAGCUUGAAAUGCCGUUAA